AUGUUGCUCUAUUUAUUAAGCCCAUUUUUGGUGGCUGCUCUUGUCGAAACUUCCUCGAAAAACCUCAACCGCCCUUCCCUGAGCGAAUUUGGCUAUUAUGGACCGUUCACGAGUCGAUUUUUUUUCAACGAUCAUCCGGAAGAAGCGCGGAGAAUUGGGGAUCGAUUCGCUCAAUCACAAAAACCAACCGAAAAGAUUUCGCCACUGCGCAGAAAACGCUCGACCGAUGAUUUAGGAAAUGGUUCCUCGAGUUUCCUGAAUAAUUUGAUCAAGGGAGAAUCAAGUGAUCGUGAGAAACAUGUGGAAGAUGAUCCAAGUGAUACGGAUUUGUUGAUGUUGCUGGCAGAGUACUCAAAAAUGAGAAAUCGUUUGAGGGCACUUGAGAGACAUUUAGAGAGAAGCUCGCUGUUGAAAGAUUUUGAUGAGAAAACAAAGGGUGAUGAUGAGGAGUCGCUGAUCGAUUCACUCAUGCACUUGCAGAAGAAAACGCACAACACAAAGAAAACAACUGAAACAACGGAACCGGAAAAGUUCACCACUGAUCCAUCGAUCGGCUUCAAUCAUCGAACUGAGCCAGUCACUGAACAACCACAAAUGUCGGGCGGAGAAGCGGAAUUGGCGAGAAUCUUGGAGACCGGGAAACAGACCUCUUUCCUUCCAUCACUUUCCGAUCCGUCAAUGCUAUCAACUGAUGGAGAGUCAAUGUUUGAGGAUAUCACCGCACCAGAGAACCCACCAAUCACUGGAGACACAUUUGAACAGAUUUUGCUCGGUGACACGAUGACCCCUGAAAUGACAACCACCACGACAACUGAGGCAACGACAACGACAACAGAGCCAACAACACGAAGGACUUCAACGAGAAGCUCAAAUUCUCAGCAUCCUCGAGUCCCGAAAUCCCCACCAACUGUCGUUUGGACAUACAACCCAGAAGCUAGACCUAUUAUGAUUGGCUUCAAGGCUAAUGAAAAAAGUUCGAUGAGUAUGGAUUAUGAUUUGGAGAGCAGCACAACGACAGCCGAGCCAACAACGCCAACAACGACAACGACGACAACAGAACAAUCAACGACAAGACACCGGAAAGCUCACCGGAAAGCAAAAACGCAUCACGUUGAAAAGCCGGUACCCUUGCCCACAAUGAGCGAUUAUGUGCCGAUUGUUGUCGGACCAAAAGGAGAACCGAUUAUACUACCACAUUAUAUCGCUGAACCGUUGACAACAUAUCGCCCAACUACGGCAAAGACUCAACGCGUGUUUGGACGAGGCGAUGAAAUGGAGGCUUGGAUUAAAAAUAGAUUACGCCAACAAAGCACUGAUUUCGAUUCCCCAAUUCCGCCAACCGCUCCCCCAACGAUCACUCCAACAACCAAGCCAACAACAACAGAAAAAUUGAAAAACAAUCGAUCAAAUAAAAAGAAAGAUGAUAAUAUCAAGGAUUCCGAGUACUCAGAGGAAUAUUAUGAGGAUGACAGUGAAGAGGAAACGAAAGCCAAGAGCACACCGCCAUCACAACUCCUACAAUAUGUAAGCAUCAAUGGAGGCCCACCGGUGCUUCGCUCGGUGAGCAGCUCAGCGCAUUCUCGACCGCAACCUUCUUCCUCCUACACUCCACUCACAUUUGGGUCAAAUGGAGCGAUCCCCUACCUUUCUUCUCGACUUCCACUCGAUUCUCGAUAUUCGGGAAUUUCAAUGAAUCCUUCUCCGUAUCAAGCUUUCUAUAUGCCGAUGAAAAAGAAACUU